AUGGAAAAUGAGUUACUUACGAACAUUAUUCCAAAAAAAAGAAAACCUUUUAACAGUUUGUUUUCCACGAGGAACUCUGAAGGAUUCUUUAAAAAUUUGAUUGGUGGACAUCUUAUUAACGACGAUGAAAAAUUUCGGGAAUUUUUUCGUCUAAAUCGUAAACAGUUCAAUUUUAUUUUGUCUUUGGUUCAAGAAAAAAUGACAAAGAAACCGACAUUACGUGUACCUGAGCCAAUAUCUCCAGAGGAAAAACUAGCACUUACUUUGACUGUUUAG